AUGACACUAUUUCCCUUUCAAAAAGAAUGGCUUGAAAAUAAUGAAAUGAAGACAAAUAAUUAUUGUCACAACUAUCCCAAAGUUAUUCCUGAAGAAUUAAAAGUUCACGCAUUCAAAGAUCAACUUUACAACUUUCUGUGUAGAAUUAAAUCAUCAAUAAAUUUUAAGCAAACUCCUGUAGAACUUCGUAAAAUUACUGUUAGAAAUUCGAAAGAUGAUCUAAUUGAUGUUUUACAUAUGAAUAGUUCACAUGCACAACUGAGAACGUAUGAAGAAUUGAAAAUUUUAAAACUUUUAGAAGAUGUUAAAUCAUUUAGGUUACCAAACUCAGCAACUCAAUAUGAAGAUGUCAUUAGUACACUGCAGAAUAGUUCAGCCACUUCAGUCACAUUUGAGAAGAUAAUUAAUGCAUUACUACAUUAUGCUAUUCAAUAUAAUCAUAUUGAUUUCGUUGAAUGGCUACUGAUUUGUGGAGCAGAUCCGAACAAUAUUAAUGAAUUAGGAGAUCAACCUAUUCAUUCAGCAGUACUUGGAAAACACUUGCAAAUACUUCGAUUGUUAAUUGAUUUUGGUGCCAAAGUGGAUAUGAAAAACCAACAAGGCGCACAACCUAUACAUUUAGCAGGCGAGGGCAAUUUUCUUGAAGGACUUGAACUUCUGCUUGAAGUAACACAAGAUGCGAAUAUCUUGGAUGAUGUGGGUGCAACACCGAUUCACUACUGUUGUUUCAAAGAUAGUGCAGAAUGUUUACUGUUAUUGAUAGAGCAUGGUGGCAAUAUAUAUCAACCUAAUGUAUUUGGAAAGUAUCCAAUUCACGAGGCAAUUUCUCAAUUGAGUCUACGAUGUGUUAAAAUUCUUUUAGAAUAUAAUAAGUAUGAUUUACAAAUGAGCACAGAAACAAAACAAACAGAUAACACUGACCUAUCAGUUACUGGCAUUUAUGUCAAUAACAAAUCUAGUUCAAUAUUCAAUCGAAAAUUUUCUCUGAUAUCAAACAAUUUUAGCCUAAAUAGACAUGUGUCACCUAGUAUUCCAUCAAGAUUUGGUAUGGAACAAAGAUGUUCUAAUCAGGAAAGCGACCAACCUAUAAAACCUUUACAACUAAUUCAUUUACCUGAUUGUCAAGGUUUUGCACCGAUUCAUAUGGCAGCUAAUUCAGGAUCUAUUGAACUUAUGAAGAUUUGUCUUCAAGAAAAAGCAAAUAUUUUGACAAAAGUAUACAAUGGUCAAACAGUUCUGCACUAUUGUGCAUUACGUGGAGAUUUAGAAUGUAUAAAAUUUAUUAUUGAAAGCAUUCAACCAGAAGAGAUAAAAAUAUUAAUUGAAUGUGCUAAUGAAAAUGGUGAAACCUGUUUACACUUAGCUGCAAUGCAGAAUUAUGUGAAUAUGGUGGACUAUUUAAUAAGUUUGGGAGCAGUAAUCAAUAAACCUGAUAUAAACGGUAAUACACCCAUUAUGUCAGCUGCAAUAAAAGGCUCAGUACAAGUGUGUAAUUAUCUAUUGAAAAAAGAAGUGAAAUUAAUGCAUCAUGAUUCAAAGCAUCGUAAUUUAUUGCAUUUACUUAUAUUAAGUCAUUGUGAGGAAAUUUGUGAUUCAAUCGAAUCUUUAAAAACUCUAAAAGAGUUACCUGAAUUACUAAAUGAUGUUGAUAAUUUCGGAUUUACACCAUUACAUUAUGCAGUUGAAUUGAAUCUUAUCAAAACCAGUCAAUUCUGUUUACAGUUUGGUGCAAAUGUGACAAUUAUCAGUAAGGACAAAAGUAGUCCACUUCAUAUUGCAGCUAAAUAUGGUCGUUUGCAUAUAUCACAGGCAAUACUGAAUACAACUGAAGGUAUGAGAACAUUGUCAAUGGCUGAUAGUAAAGGUCGUCUACCAUUACAUAUAGCAGCUUUAUUUGGACAUAAUAAGCUGUUAGAGUUAUUCAUACAAAAUGGUUGUUUGUUUAGAAGAUGUCAUGAAGGAAACACUGCACUACAUUAUGCUGCAAUGCAGAAGAAUGUAGAAACUUGUCGAAUUCUAUUAGAAAUUAAUCCUACAUUAUUAAAUCAAACCAACUACAAUGGGACAACUGCAUUGCAUUUAGCUGCUAUUAGAAAUAAUAGUCAUACAGUUGAAUACUUACUGUCCAUUGGAGCAGAAAUUAAACCAGACCACAGUGGAUUAUAUUUCUCGAAUUAUGCAAUUAGAAAACGUAAUGAAGCAGUCGUUAAAGAGAUAGUCUUACAUAAAAGAUGGCCGGAUAUCAUGGAAUUACUGUCUAAUUCAGAUUACUGUCCAUUCAAAGAAAUGAUUGAAUACAUGCCUGAUAUCUGUUUGAUGGUUUUCGAUCGUUAUAUAACUGAACAAGGAAAAGUGAAUAAUUGUGACCAUGUGACAGUGUUUGAUUUCUCCUUAUUACAACCUGCUUUAAAAUGUCAUGAAAAACAGCCAUCUGAACCUUUUCAAUACUUAAAGAUGAUGGUACACUAUAAACGGAAGAAACUGCUUGUUCAUCCUUUAUGCGUGAUGUUUCUCAAGAUGAAAUGGAAAAUGUAUGGAAGAUGGAUUUAUUUAAUAUUCACUCUAUAUAACAUCACACUGAGUUUAACAGUCACAUUACUCACUUUAAGACAAGUUCCAUCAAAUAUAAAUUAUGCUGAUAUUGAUAAUAGCAAUAAUAAAGAUGAUAACCAGACAUCCUAUUGUGUUCAAAAGAAACUGAAUUAUUUCGAAAGUUUUACAAAUUAUUUCACUAUCACAUUUCAUAUACUGCUUAACAUAAAUUUAGUGAUUAACUUAAUUAGUCAAACAACAUCGUACGGUAUUGUAUUGUCUAUAAUUGUUAUGUUUAUGGCAUGGAUAAACUUGCUGCUGCAAAUGCUCAGGUCACAAGAUUUGGGAAUAUUUGUCAUUAUGUUUAUACAUGUAACAACUACAGUAGCCAAAGUGUUCCCCUUAUUUUUAUGCCUUCUCACUGGAUUUGCAAUAGUAUUCUGGCGACUACUUCAGUCACCUGAGGAUAAGGAGUUUGAUAUUCUGUCUGAGACAAGUAAAAACCAACUAAGUAAAUGUUUUACUGGAUAUGAAAUUCUGUUCUAUCAGUCAGUGAAUAAAGAAACAAUAGACAAUGGUAGACAUAUGAAUAUAUUCAGUAGUAUUGGUUUAUCAUUUUUCAAUGUAUUAAUGAUGAUGAUGGGUGAAUAUAAGUACACAACAGUUAUUAUUCAGCCAUACUUAGACAACAGCUUACCUAUAAUCUCUUUUCCAAAAUUAACAUUCAUCUUCUAUAUAGGAUUUGUUAUUUUAAUACCAAUAACCCUGAUAAAUUUAACGAUAGGAUUAGCAGUUGGUGAUAUUGAUAAAAUUCGUCAGAGUGCAACACAAGAAUUAAUUUCUCAACAAGUUUACUGGUUGGAUAGUUUAGAGGCAAAAUUUCCUCGUUGGUUUUAUGAGAAAAUGUGUGUUCAACAAUGCUUGUUGAAACCGGCUAUGACGGAUUUACCAAAACAUGAACGUUCAAAAUAUGAUUUUAAUGAAAUGAUCACAUUUUUAAAUAACAGAUUGAAUAAAAUCAACAAUAAGCUAAAAUGGAAUAAUUAUCGAUUAAAAUUACUUAUGACAAAACUUGGAGUACAAACUUUAGAAACAUUAUUGGAUACUGGAUGUUACAAUGAAGUUGGCUAA